AUGAAAGACGAAAGAUGUAUUUUUAUCAUAUUGCCGGACGUUACCAACAAUUUCAAAGAUGAAGAGGUCCUAGAAAAACUAGAAGAGAAGAACUUCAUCAUUUUAAAAAAGAAGAAAGUGCAUUUGACAGAAAAUGAAAUAAAGGAAAUAUUAAACGAGAAGCCUGAGCAGUACAGCAAUAUAGGCGAGUUUUACGCGUACGUAGAAAGCGGGCUGUCAGUCAUUUCUUUGGUAGAGCACAUCGAAGGAAACACGGCGGAAAGGUUGAAUUCGCUAGUUAAGAGCACAUCUAUCUUGAUAAAGGAUGAAAAAUACUUCGAAUGCCUAGAAUACCAGUGCAAUUUAAAGUGCAAGAAUGCCCCAUUCUACUUCAGCAAAAAUGACUGGUACUUUAGCAGAGAUCUGAAUUACUUCUUCCCCCCCCGGGACGACAAUUUUCUGGAAAGAACUUUGAUAAUAUUAAAGCCGGACGUGAUAGAUCAGAACAAGAUAGGUGACAUAGUUAAUGAAAUUUUGAAUUUUGGUUUGUUGAUCGUCGCAAUGAAGAGGGGCAUCUUAUCAGCUGAGCGGGCGCGCAGUCUGUAUGAGGGGUCUGCAGGGAAGCCCUACUACGAUGCUCUGAUAGAAUUUAUGACCUCUGCGAAGGGAAUAGUGUGCCUAAUUGUUGAGGGGAAGAGCUGCAUAAGGUUGUCGAAGAUUUUGUGUGGCCCCUCCUCUUCUAUAGUUCCCUUCGAAGACAUGCCGAAUGCGUGUUUGAAGAAGAAGUAUGGAACUUGCGCGAUGCGAAAUGCUGUGCACACCCCCAGUGAGAAUAACAUAGACAGAGAGAUAAACCUAUUUUUCAGUGAAGAAAAUUUUUCUGGAGAAAAUGGCAUUCUGCUAAUAAAGAAAGACGCAUUAAGUGGAGAUGACUUAAACAAUCUGCGAGAUUACUUGCACGAUUACGGAUUCAACGUGUUGGAAGAGAAAAUAAUAUCGGUUGACGAGGAUACUUUGAGAAGUAUGUUUGAAGAACCCAUAAUGGUAGUCCCUAGUGUAGGGCCACAUACGCAGUACGUAAUCAUCACCCUUUCCAGAGUGAACUGCGUCACGUGCCUGCACUAUCUAAUAGGAGGAAAAAGCACCAAGGAAUCCAAAUUGAAAAGGCCAAACAGCAUCAGAAGCAUAUUCAGUCUUGAUAAAAAUGACAUUAUAUUUGUGAAGGAUAAAAAAAAAAUUAACAAUCUCAUAAGACAGUACUUCCUCUUCGAAAAAUACAACGAGUCGAUUACAGUCGACAUGGUAAAGAAUUUUUUGUAUCGCAAAAAUGUGACUUCUUGUGAGAAGGAAGAAGAAAAUAUCAAGUUGAGGGAGGUCUUUCUGGAAUGCUUCACCAAAAUGUGUGAAUCAAAACCGAGUGAACAAACAGCCAUAGUGUGGCUCAGCGAGUGGUUUAAGCAGAAAAAGGGAGAAAUAAUGGCUGACGUAAUGAGAAAGGAGAUGGGGAGAAAAAUGGGGCAUGCGCAUGUUUACCCACUUGGGGGGAAGGAUAAAACACUAAUAGCUGAUGCGCGUGAGGAGGAGAAAGUAAAACAAAGUAGUAAUAUUCCCAUAGGUAGCUCCCGUGGUAAUGCAGGUGGAGGAACCAAAGGGGAAGGUCCUAACCAAAUUAGCAUCUUCCAAAAAGCAUGCAAGGGAAACAAAAAAAUUUUUAUCAUACCUGACAUUUACGACGGUGAAAACAAUACCCAGAUUAGUAGGGAUAAUGAUGAGGUUAUGUUAAAGCUUAUAAAGCAUUUGGAGAGACUAGGUUACAUCAACCUAAGUUUUAUCGAUCUGUGCAUGAAGGAGGAGAAGAAGAAAUCCUUGCUAGGGAAGAAAAUAGAGUACACGAAAAGGAAGUACAACAUGUUGACGGUAGAUUUGGUUAGGCGAAUUCUGAAGGAGAAUCUAGACAGGAAUAAAUCGUACAGCAACUACGUGUUGACUGGUUUUUACGGAGUGAUCGAUUUGGCUUACUUGACGAGAGAGGAUAUAAUCCCCACAUCGUUUUGCUUGCUAGUUCUGAAGGAGGACGCAAAUGUGGAAAGUGAGAAGAUAGGGAGUGGUGAAGGGGAACUGGGCAAGAGAGGGAGAGGUGCACACCUGGAUUCGUUCCUCUCACUACUCCAUGGAGGCGAGAAAAACCUCAUAGACCAUUUUCUAAAUAAGGGUAAAAUACUUAUCUAUCGGAAGGGCAAGAAUUUCUUUAACAACUUUCUUCAAAAUUUGGAAACAGAAAUAGUGAUCCUUCUGGGAGUGAACUUAAAUCACCUAAAGAGUGAAAUAAAAUUUCUCGUGGAAUGUUAUAACUACCUUUUCGUUGAUCAUGUUAAAUUAUUUAACGAGGAGAAGAGGAAGAAGAAACAGGGAAAAAUAUGUGAGGAUGAAUUGGACUGCUCCUCUGCUCCCUCGGAUUUGCUACUGUCCUUCCUCAUUGAACGAUUGAAUUCUCUAAAGGAUAAAGAUUAUAGAAAAUUUGUCCUGUGUAAUUUCCCCCUUAAUAUGCAACAGGUGGAUGCGAUAAAAGGGAAGACUAAUGCAAAGGUGGUGGUUUUUCAUUUUAACUGCAAGGUCGGUGAGAAUUCUGUUCAUUCGGAGUGGAAGGAGACUCAACGGGGGUUGCUUGAACUGGGGAAUAACAGAAAUGGAGGAAGAUACAAAAAAGGCGCUCACUACAAGGUGGAUGAUUCUUUCGUACUAGGGGAAGUUGCUCGAUUGAGUAAAGGGGUGAUAGUACACCAAUUCGAUGUGAACAAUAAAGCGGAGAAGUUGUCAUCAGGUGUGCACCAUCUGUUUGAUCUGAUAAGUGCAGUAAGGAGGAAGGUCAUACUAAUUUCUAACUUAACAUUGAAGAAUGUUGAUUUUAUUGGCCUAUAUCUGCAGUAUGAAUACCCUCGUGUUGUCUUUUGUGAUUUGAAUUUUAUGAGUGAGGGGGAAGGAUCCAAGGAUUAUACGAAUUCCCUGUGGCAUAUGAUUGACGGAGUUUUUGACGAAAAUAAUACGAGUGGCAAAAAUAAGGAAAGAGUAAACGAAAUAAUAAGAAAAAUGAACAAUUUCGUUUCUAGGUUGAAUGCGAGUUAUUUUGUAUUUGGGGGGUUUCCUAGCGACUUAGAGAUAGAGGACUUCCGGAAGUUGGAACUCUUUUUCGACAUCAAGCUGUGCAUAUUGGUGGUACCUGUCAGGGGGGAUUCUGGUAUGGGAAUCGGCGUUUACAGGGAUGAGAAGCCCAAAUCGGCUGACCUACUUUCUCCGGUUCAUAUACUUCCCCCUCUUGACCUGUUCGACGCUGCAUCCGCAGAAGCAUCUCCCCUGGCGGACACGGUACUUUGGUUCUCCAGCAGGGGAAAUCUUCUAACAGUAGAGGCGGGUUCACAGGGGGGAGAGUACCAGGGUGCGAUCAACAGUGUUGGUGGUGAAGCAGAUGAGAAGGCUAUCACUACUGGAGACUCUUCAGGGGAAAAUAUUCUCCCCACGGAUAACCCAACGGAGAGUAUUCAACAAGAUGACCAACUGGAGGAUGAAGAAAAAAAAGAAAUUUUGAAAAAAGUCGAGGACAGAAUUAGACCUAACCUGAUUUGCUACCAGGCCCCAGACAAAUAUGAUGUGCGGGAGUUUGUAAAAAGGAAAAUUGGACGAGACUCCAACGGGGGUUCAUUUCACUGUUUGUUCUGUGAAGACGUGUUAAAGGAGUUACCUUUCAUCAUUGAGGAAAAAUCGGAAGGGUAUAUAAAAAAGCUAGCUGAGAAGAUAAAAACAGAAAAGGAAAAUACGAUAAGGGAGAUUUAUGUGACGUAUCUGGAGGGGCUUGUAAAGCACUCAAGCAAAUAUCUAUUUGCAAAUAUUGUGUUGUGUGAUGUGCCCUUAUGGACGGGUGAGGGGAAUGACACUUGUGUCGAUACAUUUGGUCGGUUCACAAAUUUUAAGAAAGUCAUUCAGCUCGUUCACAGCGUGCAGGGUGAUAACGUGUUCGGAGGUGACGCCAGCGAAUUCCAUGGAGCAAACACUUGUGCGGCGCUGAAUGACGAUCGGGUGUUUGGAGCCAGUUCGCCUGGGGGCAGCAAUGCUCUAGGGUCUUCCCUCGAGGGGGCGGAGAUGAGGGACAAUGCAGACGAGGCAGGAAACCAUAACAACGAGGUAGAUAAGGCUGAUGACAAGGUGGACAAGGCCGACAAGGAAGAGCUGAAUAGCGGGGGCAAACCGAAGGGCAGGUCAAAGCAUGCGGACAAGCUGAGCAAGUAUAACAAAGCGGCUAGAGACCUGCGAGACAUUAUCUCUAAGAAACACGCUGACGUCGAAGUGGCGACCAUUUAUUUGAACAGGGACAUGCCUCGAAAUACGGAUAGUCUCUUCUGCCCCCAAAUCAUUAUCCUGUUCGUUCCUCAGAACGAAAAGCUUCAGUUGCUUCUAUCAUCUCUGCUAUGUUUUCAUUUAAAAAAUUUUUCCUCAAUUAAUAUGGCGCAGGUGGUGCGUGAGGAAAUGGUGAAGGAGCAGAUAAGACGGGGGGUGGCUGGUUCUGAGGUGGAGAAGCUGGAAAAGGGCGGCGUCAGGGGUGGGUGCCACAAUGAUGGGAAUAGCGACCAUCAUAGUUACGAGAAGUAUAUAGUCGAUAGAGCUUUUACAUCCCUGCUUGAUCAAAUAAAGCGAGCAGACAAAAACGUAUUAGUGACGGGGUUCCCCAUUGUUCAGAACAAGUACAGCAAGAGUGAUUACUUCGAGCAAUUUCGCCUUUUCAAGCCUUUUACAAUUAGUGGCAUAAUUUCCAUCUCCUUUGAAGAUACUUAUUUGCACACUUUGGUUGGCCAUGCCAUCCCCGAUGGGGCGCACUACGUAGCCAAGUACGAAGAAGUGAUUCAAACGAUAAAACUGGAGUUCGGUUGCAAAGGGAAGGACAAGAAUAAAUUGUAUUUUGCCAAAAUAACAAACAAGGAAGAUUUACAGCGUGUACUUGGAGAGGUUACUGAAGUUUUUUCAUGCUGA